AUGAGAGAAAAUUCAAUUGGAUAUUGGAUAGAAGAGGCUAAAGAAGUUGCUGGAAAAAUUGGCGUCGAACCUAUACCGUCAAAUAAACGAAUUCCGAGGUGCAAAAAACAAUUUGAUGAGAUGUGUAAUGACGAAUCACAAAUACUUCAACCAGUUCAACUUUUUUCUCAAGCAACAAAGAUGUUAUUUGAUAGAGUCUUAUCAGAAAUUAAAAAGAGGGUUGAUGGUGCUACCACGUUGAAUUCGAAUUUCGCAUUUCUAAAUGGUACUAAAUUUUGGAUAUGUCAAAUGAAAAACUGCAGAAGCAUGGAGCAGAUCUGGGACGAAAAUACAAGCGAGAUUUAA